UCGUUGGAAGACAGAAAGUAACGCGAUGUCCCAGGACUAUCAACACGCUUGCGAGAGGGCGGAAUUACUCGGCCUACAGAAGCCGAGCGAGGAGGAGUGGAGGCAGACGCAGGCGGCGGAGGGUGAAAACGACAAUGACGACGGUGCAUUACAGGACUUGGAUUACACGAACGAGACGGCUGGACGCAUCGGCGGCGGGCUGGACGAGCUGAACAGCAUUCUGAGUACCACGCAGAAGAAGCUCAACAGAUUCAAGACAGUCUGCGGCAGUCUUGGCACAUUGCUCAAGGUGAAGGUCGGCUCCCGCGGUGGCACGCCGCAUCACAAGCCCGAGGAUCUGAAUCCUGACGCUAGCCAGGAGAUCCAGGAGGAGCCAGGAUCCGCGGCGGCGGCGGCGACGGCAACGGCAGACGAGGUGAUGACGGUGGAGACAAUCACAGAGAGUGAGACGGGUCUUGAGAGUGGUGUUCGGCCGAACAACGGCGCCAAUCCAAAGCAUAUCGAUCUCAGCACAAAGAUGGGCUCUCAUCUUGACAAGCUGGAUUCGUUGAUCUCGAAGGCUGAAAACGCUCAAUACAGUAUGCAACAUCAGACGAAGCAGAUGCGGAAGUUCAUGAAGUAAAGUCGAACUCGCCGCUGCGAGCCGCGUUUUACACCCUUAACGAAUUUUAUGCUGUUUCCACGAAUUAACGCGGUAUUGGUUGUCAUCGUAGGUCGACUUUAAUAUCUUCCAUUUUGAACGUAGAGAAUUUUUACGAAGAGGUGACUGGUCUCAUCACCAGUAUAUUGUAUAUGUGCGUUCUGUCCACGCGUUAAUUAAAAUCCCCGAGCUUUUUGGCCGUUAAUAACUAUAAAAUUCCUCGCGUUUUGCCGUAGGAGAAAACGCAUAGCGAUGCGAAGGGGGUGCGAUAUACUCGCGAGAUAGAGAGCCGGCCAACGCGUCGUACUAGAAAUCCGUUGUAGACUCACGAUUGUUGCAUUACGUGUGUAAAGUUUAAUUGUUGCAUCGAAUAUCGAUCGGAUAUUUUUAUCGUGAUAUAUUUUUGCCAACGGGCGAACGAUUAUCGCGGAUGAUUGUUGCCGAUUCUUUUAUAUAUGUCGUGCGACAUUCUCUUUGUCGCUAAGAGCCCAAUAUUGUUACAAUAAUAUAUACAUGUGUUGUACAUAUAUACAUAUAUAUAUAUAUAUAUAUACAUAUAUAUAUAAUACGAAUAUUGUUGACGAGUCUAGUGUCGUUAUAUAGAUGUACCAAUGUAUAUCCGGUAAUCGGAGCUUUGUGCUUGGAUCAUUGACAAUAUCGACAUAUCAGGUGUAAGAGAUACGAGAGGACGAGAUUAUUGAACAAGAAGUGUGCCCGCGCGCAUACACGCGAAAAUCGAGCCGGUGAUAAACUUUCCUACUCUUCGAACACAAUGUGAUAAUUAUUUUACAUCGAUCUAGAGAUUGCGCUACGACCUCCUAAGAUCCGUGUAUAUUUUAUUAUCUGGAAUAGUUUGCUCUCUAUUUUUCUAGAUCGAUAAGUUUGGAAAUCGCGUAGGUAAUAUGUAGGAAGGUGAGGGGCUAUAUUUUAUUAUCAAAUAUAGUUUGUGCUCUAUUUUUCUUUCUCUCUCUUUCUACUUAAAUUUAGCGACGUCAUUACCGAUAAUAUUAGAGAUAGCUAUCUGUAUAAGUCGAUACACAUGCAUACAUAUAUAUAUAUAUAUAUAUAUAUAUAUAUAUAUAUAUAUAUAUAUAUUCGCCGUUUCUCGUUGCAUUACGAUUCGAAGCAAUAAAUUAUAUUAAGUGCCUUGCUUUCGGUUAUCUCUUCGUGUAAGGCGUAACGAUUCACAAUUCAAUCUAUUUGUAAUCUUCUCUGUGGAGAAGAGAUUUAUCCUUUCGGAAAAGUAUUCUCAUUUUCGAAUAAACGAAAUGUGUAAGUUGCUUUUUUUGAAAGUAGAUCCGUGAGAUAAAGGAAAUUUUGUACCUCCUUUCUCAAAUGAUACAAAUGUCUGAAAUACAUCUUGGAGACAUCCUACAGUCAUUAAAACUAAGCAGGAUAUCUUUCAGAUAUCUCUGAGACGUCUUUUAGAUACUUAUGCUGUAUGAGUUACAUUUUUUAAGAUAGACGAUAGUGUUGUCUCCCUCCAUAUUGUAGCACAAUCGUUGGAUUUAUUAUAAAAAAAAGAAAAAGAUUAAUCUUAUGAUAUGUUAUAUGCAAACAAUAUUAAUCUCUACAGAGACUUAAGCUUUAUUUCUUAUACUAUGUACACACAUUUAAACUUUUCUCUACUAUAUAAAGAUAUCGCA